GCACGGCCCACAGCGCUGCGCCCGCUGCCCAGAGAGCCUCCCGGGCGGCUCCUGCCCUGACUGCGGGUGGAGCUGGGACGUUGAAGCCGGCGUCCGGGUCCCGCGUCCGGCCGGCCCCUCCCUGUAGAGCGCAGCUCCGUGGCCGGAGCCCAGCAUGCGCCCCCCGGGCCUCGGGGGGCACCUGUGGCUGCUGCUGCCCCCGCUGCUCUUGGCCGGGCUGUCGGCCGCACCGCAGAGCUUCUCGCCCUCGCUGAGGAGCUGGUCGGGCGCCCCCUGCAGGCUGUCCCGGACGGAGUCUGAGCGCAGGUGCCUCGCACCCGGGCAGGCCCCUGGCAGCGCCCUGUGCCACGGCCGGGGCCGGUGCGACUGCGGCGUCUGCAUCUGCCACGUGACCGAGCCGGGCACCUACUUCGGGCCCCUGUGCGAGUGCCACGAGUGGGUAUGCGAGACGUACGACGGGGACACCUGCGCAGGCCAUGGGACUUGUGACUGUGGGAAGUGCAAAUGUGACCUGGGAUGGUCUGGGGAUGCUUGCCAGUACCCGACUAACUGUAACCUCACGAAGAAAAAAAGCAAUCAAAUGUGCAAGAAUUCUCAAGAUAUCGUCUGCUCCAAUGCAGGUACCUGUCACUGUGGCAGGUGUAAAUGUGAUGAUUCAGAUGGAAAUGGACUUGUCUAUGGUAAAUUUUGUGAGUGUGAUGAUAGAGAAUGUAUAGAUGAUGAAACAGAAGAAAUAUGUGGAGGCCAUGGGAAGUGUUACUGUGGAAACUGUUACUGUGAGGCUGGUUGGCAUGGAGAUAAAUGCGAAUUCCAGUGCGACAUCACCCCCUGGGAAAGCAAGCAAAAAUGCACGUCUCCAGAUGGCAAAAUCUGCAGUAACAGAGGGACUUGUGUGUGUGGUGAGUGUUCUUGCCAUGAUGUUGAUCCGACCGGGGACUGGGGAGACAUUCACGGGGACACCUGUGAAUGUGAUGAAAGAGACUGCAGCUCUGUUUAUGACCGUUAUUCUGAUGACUUCUGCUCAGGUCACGGGCAGUGUAACUGUGGAAGAUGUGACUGCAAAGCAGGCUGGUACGGGAAGACGUGUGAACACCCCCGUUCCUGCCCACUGUCCGCUGAGGAAAGCUUCAGGAAGUGUCAGGGCGGCUCAGCCCUGCCAUGCUCGGGAAGGGGCAGAUGUGAAUGUGGAAAGUGCACUUGCUACCCACCGGGGGACCGCCGGGUGUACGGCAAGACCUGUGAGUGUGACAACCGCCACUGUGAGGACCUGGAAGGCGUGGUGUGUGGAGGUCACGGCACAUGUUCUUGUGGUCGCUGUGUUUGUGAGCAAGGAUGGUUUGGUGAGCUCUGCCAACAUCCGCGGAAAUGCAACAUGACCGAAGAGCAAAGCAAGAGCCUGUGUGAAUCAGCAGAUGGCAUAUUGUGCUCGGGAAAGGGUUCUUGUCACUGUGGAAAGUGCAUUUGUUCUGCCGAAGAGUGGUAUAUUUCCGGGGAAUUCUGUGACUGUGAUGACAGAGACUGCGACAAACACGAUGGGCUCAUUUGCACAGGGAAUGGAAUAUGUAGCUGUGGAAACUGUGAAUGCUGGGAUGGAUGGAAUGGAAAUGCAUGUGAAAUCUGGCUUGGCACCGAAUAUCCUUAACAAUUCCAUGGGAGAAGAUUGGAUUCUUAUCUUUGUAGACCAUUACAACAUAUAAAUGCAAAGGAAAUCGUGUAUAAUCCACACUAGGACAGAUUUAACAGACUAUUGUAUGUUUUUCUAUUUCUGACUUUCUAAAUGAAACCUGGGUACCCAUUAAAGACGAGUUCAGAAAACUCUGAUACAAAUAACACUAGGAAGAACUGUUCUCAUAAUUAACACCAGUGCUUCCUAAUGGGGGCAAUUUUGCCACAUGGGGGACAUUCAGCAAGGUCUGUAGACAGUGUUGAUUGUCACAGUGAGUGGGUAGGAGGGUGUGCUCCGGGCAUCUAAUAUGUAGAGGCCAAGAUGGAGCUAAACGCCCUACCGUGUGUGAGACUGCUCUGCAACAAAAGGUAUACUGUCUCCACAUGCCCAGGGUACUGAAGUUGAGAAGACUGAAUGGCACAGUUUUUAGAAAGCCACAUUACUACACAAGAGUGGCCAUGGCAGAAUCUAAGGAAAAGAUCCAUUCUCAUGUAAACCCAUCAAUCAGCUUUCCCUAGUGUUUCUUAUCACUCAGCAUGUCCAAGUGCGGGCAAUGGAGGCAAACACACAGGAGGAAGGCUGUUGAAUCAGGGAGUCAGCAGAUCCAGAGUGCUUCCGAAGGGAAAAAAACUUGUUAAUAUAGCAACCGAGUCAUUGUCUAUCUCACUUUUAACUCACGAAAGAAGAUUCUCUUAAGAUAAAGGAAGAAAUUAUGAAAAAUGUGCAAUUUAACUGUUUAAAUAAAUGAUAUAAAUUGUUUA